AGAUUCUGAGAAAUAUUUCUUUCCAAACAAAACCAAUCAAGAUACAAAACCCUAUCAGAGCAGCAGAAACCUCUGACAAUCAACCCCUGCGUAUCGGUUGCGGGCGAGGAUGGGAGAAUCAGUUUGGCCUCGAGGCUCUAGUCCGCCGUCUCGGUCGGAGCGAUCGCCCGGGCGUCACCGGAGCUCCCACAGGGGUGGUUCUCCUGCGAGGGAGAAGCAUUCUAGUCGAGCUAAGUCUCCUCGGCCGCGGAAGUCGGUCUCUCCAGCUCCACGGUCCCCUUCCCCGCGGACGAAGCGCCUGAGGACAGCUCAGAGCGAGAGAGACACCGAGAGAAGGCCCGAGAGGGAGCACGACAGGCAUCACUCCAAGAGAAGUCGCGAGGGCAGUGACCAUCGGGAUAGGGAAAGGGAGAGGGAAACUGGGACGGAGAGGAGAGAGAGGAGGCCUGAUAGAGAUGAGACCAAUGGGAAGUCGUCCAGGUCGAGGCAUGGGCGGUCCGAAUCUCCGCCCCCGGACCGGCAUCGGAGAAGCAGGCAUCGUUCUCGCUCGCCACCGUUGGAUUCAGAUGCCCGGGCACGCCAAGAGGUGACAAAUACGAGAAGAUCCGAGUACCUGGAUGAUGAUGGUGAUUCAGUAGCAAAAAUGGAGGCUGCUGAGAAGGCUCUUGAAGAAAAGCAAAAGGAAAAACCUUCGUUCGAGCUAUCUGGCAAGCUUGCUGCUGAAACAAAUCGAGUGAGAGGUGUGACGUUGCUUUUUACUGAACCUCCAGAUGCUCGCAAACCUGAUGUCAGAUGGCGAUUGUAUGUGUUUAAAGGUGGUGAAGUGCUUAAUGAGCCCCUCUACAUACAUCGUCAAAGCUGUUAUCUUUUUGGGAGGGAAAGGAGGGUUGCUGAUAUACCUACAGACCACCCAUCUUGUAGCAAGCAGCAUGCCGUAAUUCAAUUCCGUCAAGUAGAAAAGGAGGAACCUGAUGGCAUGAUGUCAAGGCAAAUAAAGCCCUACUUAAUGGAUCUUGGAAGCACGAACAAGACCUUUCUCAAUGAGAAUCCCGUUGAACCUCAGCGUUACUAUGAGCUGUUUGAGAAGGACACAAUUAAGUUUGGGAAUAGCAGCCGGGAGUAUGUACUUUUGCACGAGAAUUCAGCUAGUUGAGAUGCGUCUCUGGUCACUUCCUCCAGAAUUUGAAGCCGUUUGGCUGCUUUUCCUUUUUGCAGGGGAUCCUGGCGCCAUUUCAUGUGAAAACACGAGUUUCUGCAAUCAAUCCAAUUAUUAUUCGUAGUAUUGUUUGUAUAUUUAUGGCUUCUUUUUUUCUUUUUUUUUUCCCCCUUUUUUCGAUAUAAACUCAUCCUGCUCUUAUAUAUUGAAAGAGUAGAACUUGAAGGGGAGUCCAUCUGGUCCAGUUUCACUCUCUUUAGAUUGUAAUUUAGACUCUUCUUUUUGUUGGAUUAAGGUAAUGAAUUAUUUAUUGUACUUUGCGAGUUC